CUCGUUUUCAAGAAAGUAGCUCUUUCAUGUUAAUUCUAAUAGUAAUUACUGUAGAAUAGCCACUUGAUAUCCUUCAUGAAUAGCCUCAAGCAAUUGAAACCAUCGAAAGGAAUUUUCACGCAUAACUCAACGGAACGGUUCUCCUUAGAACAGGCGGGACCCCACGAUGGAAGCACAACAAAGCCCCCAAGAAGAACAAUUGCCUUCUUGUCACUCUCUUCUUGCUCAAAGGAAGCUUUAUCUUGCCAACAAUGAAAAUAUGUCCCUCUUUCUGUAGAGGGCAAACACAGAACAAGAUGCCGCUGGAAAGUUUAUAUGCACACGAACAAUCCCUUUAUGCCUUUCCGCAAACUGCUCAUACUUCUCACAAUUCUUCUACCAGUAUCCCGACGCUUCCUCAUACAAGGAAUCACACAAGCGUACACAAUCCCAGACUCACCACAAACAACCAUCAAAAUGUGCGUCAGAAUCACAACAUGGGCUUGCGACUGCAAGAAGGAAGAGCUCGAAGAGUGCAGAUGGUAUCGACAAGCAGAAAGUGAUGCAAGAAAGGAGAAGGAAAAGAGAGGCUUCUGGAAGUCCAUCUUUCACAGUGCUUGCAAAAUUGUCUGCCCCUUCCCAGCUGGCAGAAUACAUCACCAGUAUCACAUCUGCCCGGGGUGCACAGCGCGGAGGGAGGCCGAAGAAGAAGGACUGCGCCACCGAUUGCUCAGAAGAGCAGAGCGGGAGAGGCGAAGGCAGGACGGAGAAUCAGAAGCCAGAUCCCAGAAAGAAACCGAACGCAGGCGUUUGGAAACAAAAUGGGGAUGGGUCUGUGAGGCUUGUAGAACGGAAGGUAGGGUCGUUCAGUGCUACCAGAGAAAACCGCAUGACGGACCUUGCUGUGCAAGAGGUGCUGAUGAGUUCGCGGAGUGGGAGAAAAUACAAGGGUACCAUUCCUCUGAUCCACGUCCCCCUUCUCGAGCUCCACGAGCUGACCCUCCCAGAGAGCCCAGAGCCACUCGGGAAAAUAUGUUCUCACAUCCCAAGAUUGAUGACAAGGGCGCAAGAGACAACAGACGGGACCCUGACAACGAGAGUCUUGAACCACACCUUGUGGCUGCUGUUGGGCUGAUGUCGGGAAUGAAUCCAAGAUUCAUGGGAACGGACCCUUCUCCACCACCACUGCCGCCGCCACAGCCAUACUAUGAAAAUCCUGGUAUCGACUUGGAUCGAUGGGGAGGAGCACGAAGGACUGAUCAUGGGAGCUACCCAGCGCCAAGUGCACCACCGGACGACCCGCUUCCAUGGAAGCCGCUGAGAACGAAACAUAGCCAGGUAAAAACAGUUCCAGCGACAAGGUCAACACCGGCGAACUUCUCCAGGCCCGCAGAGGCUCCACGAAACCGCUCGGUCCGAAGAGAGCCGUCAUUGCCCCCACGCCCACAACUUCGACAUGAGAAUAGGAAGAUCUCGGGUUUGACAGCACCAUCGACACCAUUGAGAAAGCCUGUUGCGGCUUCAGGUUCAUCAAAAAAGAAUGUCGCUACAUCAGGCUCCUCAAAAUCAUCAAAAACAUUCAAGAAGGCCACCCCCACUUCACCCCAAUCAAACUCGUCGAAAAAGACCGCGUCAAAUCCACCAACCUCAAUGAAGGAGCCAACCCCUACGGGCAGCAGAUACCACACUAAAGCAUUACAAGAUGGUCGUCGCUUGAGCCGAACGUCAUCACGAGGACCACCGAUCCCAACACCCGACGGAAACGGCAUCUCGCCGUUCUCGUCACCAGUGAGCAACAACUCAUCCGUAUCUUCUAUGAGUAGCCAUCCACUGAGAUCAGUGGGAAGUACUAUGGGUGAGCUGUAUCUUGAGAUAGAUGAUAUGAUGGAUUGUUUCUCGGAGCCAGAUGAGGACCCACCGGCAAGACGUUGGCACUAGCGUCGGCGGUGGGUACAGUAUCACGAUCAACUUGGGCGUACGGCGUACAGGGGAAGAGAAGAGGGCGAGAGAUUAAGAUAGAGUAAUGCAAAUUGAAACUGUCAUUUGUACAACUCAAACGCUUCUCGUACCU